AUGACUUGGAGGCUUUGCUGUACCUGGAUUUUUGUCCUCCUCCUUCCUGGCCUCUCAGAUGGAGGGAAGCUCCUGGUGGUGCCCAUGGUGGGAAGCCACUGGCUUAGCAUGCAGAAAGUAGUUGAAAAGCUCUCCGAGAGAGGACACGAGGUGGUGGUGAUAGCGCCAGAAGUAAGCUGGCAGAUGGAAACGACACAGGCUUACACUGUGAAAACACAUCCAGUGUCUUUGCCGCUAGAAGAAGUGGACAAUGCCUUUCGUGAGUCUCUUGCCGCUCACCUGAGUGACCUGCCUUUCCCAAUGAAUGCAAUAGCAAUGUACAGGAGCUCAGACCGUUUUUUCCGUAUAUUCUUUACUCAGUGCAGGGACCUCUUCAGCAGCAAGGAGACCCUGCAGUACUUGAACCAAAGUGCCUUCGAUGCUGUCCUAACAGACCCUGUUUCUAUGUGCGGACCAAUCCUUGCUAAUUAUCUUUCUCUUCCAUCUGUGUUCUUCAUGAGAGGAUUUCCUUGCAGCUUACACUAUAAAGCAACACAGUGCCCAAGCCCUCUCUCCUACAUCCCAAGGCUCUUUUCCUUCAACUCAGACCACAUGACAUUUUUACAGAGAGUCGAAAAUGCACUGAUUGAUCUCUUGGAACUUGAGUACUGUAACAGUUUAUAUGAAGAUGCACGAAAGCUUUCCUCAGAAGUUCUUCAGAGAGAUGUAUCCUUGUUGGAUCUCCUGAAUUCUGCUUCCAUUUGGCUUAUGAGGUUUGACUUUGUGUUUGAGUAUGUCAGGCCAGUGAUGCCCAAUAUGGUCUUCAUCGGAGGUAUAAACUGUGUUCAGAAGAAACCACUGCCUAAGUUCCCAAGACCAGUGAUGCCAAACAUGGUUUUUAUUGGAGGGAUAAACUGUGAGCAGAAGCAAAACUUGUCUCAGAGCCAUUUCAGUGUGCUCUUCAUCGAUCCAGUGCCACCAUGUGGGGUCAGCACUCUGUGCAUGCGUGUCUUUCAUGGAUUCCCACACACCUCAGACGAUGUUGUCAGUAAGCGUCAGCCAAAGUCCCUGGGCUGCUGA